AUGUCUACAGAAGCUCAACCCAUCUUCCGCGCGGUUGCGACUUCCACCCGACCGCUGUAUCAACUUUUGAGAUGCAUAAACUUUGCACCCAGGGUUCAUGUUCAAAUCACAGAGGAUGGUGUUCGUUUUGCAUCUGACCAUGCGCGGGUGAUGCAGGGCGUUGCGUUUCUAGACAAAUCUCUCUUUUCGUCAUAUACCGUCAAUCUACCUCCUCAAGAUGGCGAUGACGCGCCGGAACUUCCUAAUUUUCAACUUUCCUUAUCAUCAGUCCUUGAAGUGCUUCAGAUCUUUGGGGCUGUGGAUGUAGCCACUCGUGCUCACAAAGCAGAGCAAGACCCUUAUCGCAGCAAUCUCCGGAACUACCGUCCUGAUGCCUUCAGUAACCAAACCCUUGGUAUUUCUGGUACUUGCACUCUCCUGUACGCCGAAGAAGGAGACCCAUUCAAAAUCACCAUCGAAGAAUCUGGCGUGAAGACGACUGCAUCUUUGACAACCUAUCUACCAGAAAUACCCGAUGAUAUUCCUUUCGACCGCACUGAUCUCACUUUUAAAAUCAUUAUGCAAUCACGAACGUUGUUGGACUCGCUCGCCGAAAUUUCCCCAACGGCUCCUUUGAAGUUGACAAUUACAGCCACCAAAGCCUCGCCUUUUCUAUCGCUUGCUGGUGUAGGUGAUCUGGGGAGCUCAGGGGUGGAUUUUGCGCGUGGCAGGGACCUUCUCGAGACUUUUACCAUUCAAGAUCGUUGGUCGCAGGCCUACAAGUUUGACUUUAUCAAGAAUUCGACAGAAGCGAUGCGAAUAGCCAACAAGGUCAGCUUACGAGGAGACUCACAGGGUGUUUUGAGUCUGCAAUUCAUGGUGGAUAUCGAGGGUGGUAAGCGAAGCUUUCUCGACUUUCGGUUUGUGCCUUUUCUUCAGGAAGACGGCGAGGAUGACGACGCAGAUAAUGGCGAAGCUAACUAG